AUGACAGCUCCUAAUCUGCGUGAGACUCCUGCAUUAUCUGAAAUCUAUCUAAAGACCCAGGAGAAAUUCGGUGUCCGCCCUUGUCUGUGGCAGCUGAAAGUAGCGCAUGCUCUCCUCAAAGGCGACCAGGAUGUCCUAUGCAUUGCAGGCACAGGGAUGGGUAAGACCCUUGGCUUCUGGAUUCCGUUGCUGUUUCGCAUCAAUAGCAUCCAGCUCGUCAUCACUCCACUGAACCUACUGGGAAAACAAAAUGCAUUAUCUCUUGUGAAGGCCGGCAUCUGGGCCAUUGCUAUCAAUGCAGAAACUGCUAGCGCUGCAAACUUCUCGGCAAUUAAAGCCUUAAAGUACCGUGCUGUUGCAGUCAGUCCUGAACAAAUCAUGAGACCAAACGGCGAUUUUGAAAAGCUUCUGAAGGACCCAUUGUUCGCUUCUUACCUUGUAGGUAUCAUCAUUGAUGAUAUGGAAAGCGGGAGUGAUCAGCUUCGGCGAGAGUGA